AUGAGAGUUGUUACAAACACUGAACAAGAGAACGCUGGUCGUUAUGCCAUGAAGGGUUUUGCCAUUGGUACUGCUCAAUGGGCUGGUGUCGGUUUAUUUGCCUCUGGUUUGCUUUAUGCUUUCAUGCCCUGGUAUCGCAAGACUCAAACUGUGAAUAAGUUUUACAUUGUCAUGUGUUUUGGUCUAGGUGGAGGUGCUUACAAAUCAGACAGAUACAUGGUCAACUAUGAACGUAGAGGUAGAGCACAAACUUUAGACGAAGAAACCAAGAGGAGAUAUGAAUUGAUUUACGGUGAUGCCUUUGAGGCUCAAAAAGCUUUGGAGAAAUCAGCUUAA